CCCACCCCACCCCCACCUCCAAGUUGCCGUAGUUUUACGCGUGAGCGCACGCGCGCCACCAGCCAAAACCCACGUCCCGCUCCCCGCCUCGCCGCUCGCUCUGCCGACCUCUCUCCCCCCUCCGCCCCUCCCCCUCCAGCCGAUCCAAGUCGAAGCAGCUUUCGCUCGUGCGCGCGGCCGGGGCUAGCUCCGGGGAGAGGGGGUCGUCGUCGUCGUCUCGGCAGUCGGCACUACUAGCUCGGCGCGUCAUGAGGCGCUUCCUGCCCGUCGGAGGAGGAGGAGGCGGGGAGCCGUCGUCCUCGUCGUCGUCGGGCGAGCGCGCGGGCGAGAGGGCCGCGGCGGCGGGGCUAAGGUACGGCGGAGGCGACAUCUCGCGGGGGCACGGGCACGGGCACGGCGGCGGCGGCGGCGACGCGGCGGAGAGGCAGCAGGACGGGUCCAUGGACAUGCUGGCGCGCCACAGCAGCUCGCCGGCCGGCUUCUUCUCCAACCUCAUGGUGGACAACGGGUAUCCGAGCGGAGGCAGCAGCGGUGGUGGCGCCGAGGCACAUCACCCGUCCACGGCCAGCGGCAGCGGCGGCGGCAGGAGGAUGAAGCCGUCCCGGCUCAACUUCACCCGGCCGCCGCAGCAGGCGGGCGGCGCCGCCGGGGGGCACCUCUCGCAGAUCUCCGAGGACGGCGCCUUCCCGGCCAGCCUAGUCGGCGGCGACCGCGCUGGCGAGAGCAGCGGCGGCGCGGCGCGCUCUUUCUCCGGCGGGUUCUCCAUCGUCGGGCCGUGGGAGGAGUCCAGGGACAUCAUCGCCACGCUCAGCGCGUACGACUCCCAGUACAGCGGCGCCAUGGCGGGCACGGCGCUGGAGAUGGCGGCGGGCAUGGACAGGUACAUGCAGCUGCAGCAGGACCAGGUGCCGUUCAAGGUGCGCGCCAAGCGCGGGUGCGCCACGCACCCCAGGAGCAUCGCCGAGCGGGAGCGGAGGACGAGGAUCAGCGAGAAGCUGAGGAAGCUGCAGGAGCUCGUGCCCAACAUGGACAAGCAAACGAGCACUGCCGACAUGCUGGACCUUGCAAUUGAGCACAUCAAGGGCCUGCAGAGCGAACUGCAGGCUCUGAAGCACGAGCAGGAGAAGUGCACCUGCUGCAGGAAGCGCUGACGAUGAUCGAUGCCAUCUCUCUCUCUCUCUCUCUCUCUCUCUCUCUCUCUCUCUCUCUCUCUCUCUCUCUCUCUCUCUCUCCCGAAUUGAUAGAUGUACAUGCAUGGAUGAAGCGGUUAACAUCUUCAUUAAUAGAUUCUCUGCGGGGAGUGUCGAUCGAUGGCGCAUGCAUAUGCUGUCAAAUGGGUGCAUGUGCAGUUGUGCGUGCAGGAAUGGAGGCCCGCCGGCCGUUUCCAAGUGACGACCUGCAUGCAGCAACAAUCAGGCAAUCAAUAGUGGUCAACUAGGCAGUGCAGAAGUUCUGCUCUGAUAAUCCGAUUGUUUUUUUUUGUGUGUGGUGUGUUUCUGAUUGAUCUUUAACUUGGGUUUUAGACCCUUUUCUAGUCUAUCACAAAACAGUUUUGCUAUUUAUGAGCCGCCUGAUUUUGUUCUCUCAAGGGCAAAUUG